CCGAACGGUUGAAUAUCCAACUGGUUUCUCUUUACACAUUUUCGUUUUAAUAAAUUAGAAAAUGUUUAGCACAUUUUCGAAGGCAAAUAAAGUUUAAUUAAAGAAAAUGUUUCUACGUUGCUACGUCCUUUAAAUCAAAUAUUUGCAUUAUAUCUCAAUAAUUCUGUUUCUUUUAAUCAUUCGAAGCUAUAAAAAGAGGUGAUCCACAAUAAUGUCUAAUCAGAUUAUCGUAUCCGUUGAAUCAAACCUUCUGACCAUGAAGUGGAUACAUCGAUUGUGUUAUCUUAUCGUUCUAAUCUAUUGUAUUACUAAAGUACAUGGUAACAUUGGUAGCAUCAGCAGCAUCUGCGAUGGCAAGGACAGUCCAAAUGAAGUGUGCAAUCGACUCGGACUGAAACCACAAUGCGACAGUAAAAUUUAUUGUCAGGGCAAACUGCUCUGUAUGGUCCAAAUGGCACGGAUUUUCAGCGAUUCAAAGACUUUCGUCGAUAUGAAGACUAUAGGAACGGAAGAGGAAACGAUUGAAAAUUUUAAAAAGUGGAACAGUCAGUAUCCUGACCCGACACCAGAAAAUGUUGCAGAAUUUGUGUGGGCUAACUUUGGUGACGUUGGAUCCGAAUUCGAGCAGUGGACACCGGUCGACCACAAAAACUUUACCGAUCUAAAAAUUUCGCAAAAAAUUCUUGAUCCUAAAUAUCGAGAAUGGGCUGCCUAUUUGCACAAUUUGUGGCUAGAUCUUGGUAAAAAGAUUAAGAAGGAAGUUAUAGAUAAUCCACAGCAUUAUUCAAUAAUUCCGGUUGAACAUCCAUUUAUCGUUCCCGGCGGAAGAUUUCGCGAGAUUUAUUAUUGGGACUCAUAUUGGGUGGUGCAAGGUCUGCUGUUGAGUGAAAUGUACAGCACGGUUCGUGGAAUGAUCCAAAACUUGCUGGACAUGGCAAAGCUUGGCGGAUUUGUACCUAAUGGAGGACGAGUCUAUUAUCGGGGCCGAUCGCAACCACCACUGUUAACGCCUAUGGUCAGAGCCUACUGUGACGCAACAGGGAGCUACGCAUUUUUGAACGAGGCGUUAGGCAUCAUGGAAAUGGAAUUUAAAUACUGGAAAAAUGAGCACGCAGUCUGGGUUAACGGUCACCGAUUGUACCGAUACUUUGAGAGUACGUGCGAUCCGAGGCCGGAGAGCUAUUUCGAAGACAUUCUCACGGCUAGCAGCUGCAAUUCUGAAGAAUCCCGACAAAACAUGUACUCAGAAAUAAAGGCGGCUGCGAACAGUGGUAUGGACUUUUCAUCCCGUUGGUACAUCGUCAAUAAUGGAACGAAUCAAGGAGAAUUAAAAGAUAUGAAAACGCGUUCAGUCGUAGCAGUUGACUUGAACGCCUGGAUGUACUAUAUCGCCAAAUCGUUGGCUUAUCUGUUUCUGAAGUCGGGAGAAUCUUUCGUAAAUCGAGUCAAGGCAGUGCAGUAUGAAAAUGAGGCAUCUACAAUAAAGAAGGCAAUCAAUCAAGUACUGUGGAACGAGAAGGCUGGAUGUUGGUUGGACUAUGACCUGAUCAAUCGGAAAAGUCGAGAUUAUUUCGUGGCGUCGAAUUUAGUGCCCUUGUACGUGGAAUGUUAUGAUGAAGCCAAAAGGUCGUACAUUUCGAAAAGGAUCUUACAAUACAUCAAAGCCAACCACUUGGACGAUUUUGUCAGUCUUCCGAAUACCCUUUUCGAAUGUGAAAAUGGUCAACAGUGGGACUAUCCGAAUGUGUGGCCUCCAAUGCAGCACAUCGCUGUGAUGGGAUUGGAUAAAUUGGGAACCACAGAAGCGACAAAAAUGGCGUACAGAUGGUGUGCAAGAUAUGUGCGAUCGAAUCACGCUGGAUUCGCAAAGAAUGACCAUUGUUACAUGUAUGAAAAGUACAAUUGCCUGAAGAGUGGUUAUUACGGUGGUGGCGGUGAAUAUGAUAUUCAGACUGGAUUUGGUUGGAGUAAUGGUGUCGUACUGUCGUUCUUGAAUAAAUAUGGUGGCAUACUUUCAUCCACUGACGAGCAGUUGGUAACAUGUAGCUCACUAAGUCAAUAUUAGGGAAUUGCAAUUUUUUUUUUCGUUUUAUUCGUCAAUUAAAUUGAAAUUAUCCGAUA